UCCAUUAGAAAGUUGAAUGGGAUUCUCUAAAUUUAUUACUCUAUUUGUUCUUUCACAAUUUUUUUAGGCAUUGUGCAUCAAACGCGAUAAUCUCAAACGACCAUCGCAUAAGAAGAGAAGAUAAAGAAGAAAACUUGAGAAAAUGGACAGUCGUUUGUGGAAACCGCCAACCUACGUGGCAGAAAAACUUAAUCCGGGGGAAAAAGAUAUUAUUGAAGAAAAACCAAAACGGUCUAGUAUCACUGCAAGACUAUUCCUGGCUCGGAAGAUCCUGGUUCGGGAGCUCCUGGCGAAUACAGCUGCUUUGUCACCGGAAAAGCACCCAUCACCUGUACCUGAUUUUCAAGUAACAGAACUGGAUGAUGGUUCAUUUAAAAUUCAAGGGACAUUCAACACCACCGAAUAUGAAACGUCACGCCAAAAGGUGAAAUUUAAGCUCAACCACAUUUGUCCGGGGCUCUUUUCCUUUAAUCUUUCCCGGACGUCCUACCAACCGAACCAACUCGGUGCUGAUUGCGAAACUUCCUCAUCCAGCUUUGAAUUUAUGGUUGAACUCUCCUUGGAGAACACGUCAUCGUGUUUUCGACACGAUGACCACUGCAAGCUAACUGCUGUUUGGGCCAGCAUCAACGCAAGUCCGACAUUCUUUUUGAAGCCGAUCUCUCCAGGUCAAUGGAAGUCCGCAAAAAUGCCUUUUGGAUCUCAACGUUUUGAGUUGAAGCAAACAAAGAUCCCUUACGUGCUGCAUAUUAACUUUUCAAGAACUUGUGGCGAGAUGAACGCACAGAUGCAAUUCAUUAAUUUGUACGUCAAUCAGUUCAACUGCGAUGUUACAUUCCAUUUCGACACAGCCGAAAAAGACGAGUCCAUCGGCGGUCAUGUCAAUAUUUUGUCGGUUAGAAGCUCCAUCUUCGCAGCCAUGUUCCAGAGCGGAAUGCAAGAAACAAACACGAGAAAAGUUUGCAUCAAAGAUAUCAAACCGGAUAUUUUCAAACAAUUGCUCUAUUACAUUUACUCUGGUCGAACAUCGACGAAAUUAUCAGAGGAAAUCGCCCAGCCUUUAUAUGUUGCGGCCGAUAUGUACGACAUUGAGGACCUGAAAGACGAAUGUGUUCAGUUCUUGUUAUCUUGCAUCAAAUUGGAGAACGCUAUUAAUCUAAUGGCGUGGGCGCACGUUCUCUCAAUCGAUUCUAUUAAAGAAGCAACACUCACUUUCGUAGAAUCGCGUGGAAGAGAAAUAUGUAAACAAGAUGAUUGGGAGAGGCUGAUCAAGAAUUAUCCUGACCUUUCUCUGUUGGCCAGCCGACGCAUGUUGAAAUAACAAUUUAUGUUGGCAGCAUAUCUAUAUGUAUAUGUUUUAAAUAAUAUUUGAAAUCUGGGAUGCUAUAUCACCAAUACGGGGAACUGACCACUAUCUAAAGCUUAUCUGUUCAAUAAAAACUAAAUCAGA